AUGUUCCAACCACGACGCGGUUUCAGUUGCCUCUUGGCAUGGUUCAUACUUCAGACGACUCUCUACGCAUCCUGGCUACUGGGACUGUUUCCCUUCACUUUCGAUUCCCGAAGAAGGCAGCUGAAACUAUCCCGAUGGCUGCUACUCUACGGUUUUAUUCUGCAUUUUUGCGCCAUGUGCCUGGCGUUGAGUAGCUACUUUGCAGUUCGGCAGCGGAAAAAAAAUCACGCAUUUGAGCGCAAUCCGCUGUUGGAGCUCAUAUACCUACGGUUUGCACAUACAGUGUUUUUUUCCAUAGGCUUAUUAAUACUCAUGAAUGUUUGGAAAAGCAACACGAUUCUGAAGAUUGCCAAUGAACUGCUCACCCUAGAGUGCCAGGUAAAAAACCUUCUGACAAUGAAGAACUGUCCCAACUUUAACUGUAUCGUGCUUAAUAAAAGUGUGACUGCAAUGGGUCAGAUCAUAGUGUCAAUCUUGUUCUGUCUGUGGCAAGAAAAUUCGUACCCGAAGAUCCUAAAGAUCCUUUGCUGCCUGCCACUGCUCGGCUGCCAAUUGAUUAUUAUGCACUUUCAUACCGAAAUCAUUUUGGUGUACCGCUAUGUGUGGCUGCUUAAUGAAACACUGCAGGACUCAUGCAAGCUGAGCUCCUCAAGAAUUCGCGCACUCACGUCCUUGUACGAUCGGCUGGUGAAGCUGAGUGAAACGGUGGUAGCGACCAACGAUACCCAGCUGAUCCUUUUGCUAACUAUUUAUAUAAUCGGUAAUACUGUGCAAAUCUUUUUCCUCAUUGUGCUGGGAGAUAGCAUGAACCAGCGGUAUAUUUACUUGAUGGCUUCCCCUCAAUUGCUGCUAAAUUUUUGGGACUUCUGGCUGAAUGUUGUGGUGUGCGAUCUCACUCAAAAGUGUGGAGACCGAACAUCGAAAGUCCUGAAACAAUUCACUGAUCUGGAGCACCAUGAUGGGGAGUUUGAGCGAAGUUUGAAUGAAUUCGCAUGGCUGUGCACUCAGCGCAAAUAGCUGUGCGGACUCUUUCCUAUUAACUACAACAUGGGCUUUCAAAUGAUCAUCACCAGUUUUCUAUACGUGGUUUACCUGGUUCAGUUCGAUUUCAUGAAUUUGUGA